CCUGCUGUUUUUUGAUUACUGUUUGCAUGACAUAUUUUUUCCAUCCUUUGAUUUUUAACUUAUUUAUGUUUUUGUGCCUAAGGUGUGUCUCUUGUAGUCAACAUAUUGAUGGGUCAUGUUUUUUCCAUGGUUCUCUGGAAGCAGCCAUUAGGAGCUUCUGAAUACCACACAGAGAAAACAUGUAAAAGAUUAUAGAUAAAAGUUAGGAAAGGGGUAUGAAAUGAAACCUAAAGACUGAAGUAGUAUGCUGUGUUUUGGCUGUAUGGUUUGAAAGUGUUGAAUUCUGUUAUCUAGAUAGCACAUAAUCCAACAGUAUGUUGGUAUUGAUUAAAAAGUAGAAUACUAGAAGACAUAAGUGAACCUUAAAGUGGCGUUUUUCUUUUCUGAACUUCUAGAGCAGGGGCUGGUGAACUUUUUGUGUAAAGGGCCAGAUAGUAAAUAUUUUAGGGUUGGGGCCAUAUGGUUUCUGUUGCAACUACUUAAUUCUGUCAUAACUCAAAAGCAGCUGUAGACAAUACGUAAAUGAAUGCUUGUGGCUGUGUUCCAGGUUAUUUAUAAAAACAGAAGUAGACCAAAUUUGGUCCACGGGCCUUAGUUUGCAGAUUCCUGUUCUAGAGAAUUUAAUGUCUAUACAACUUUUUUACAAGCAGAAAAUGCUAGUAUUCUAGUUAUCUUUUGGUAUUUUAUCUUCCUUUUAAAUUGCGAGCACUUUGAAAACAGGAACUAUAUCUUUUACUUUUUUCUCUCCCCCAUAUCUUUUAUUUAGCACAAUGCCUUAUACCAGAUAAACUAAUAUCUGUUGCCGCUCUGAUUCCAUUCUAAUAAGAAUUCUAUCUCAUUUGUUGGGCACCUUAUGGUUUAGAAUGUGAGUUGACUUAAGUUUCUCAUCUGGCUCUUGUGACAACCUUAGAAGGAAGAAGGUAGGGCAGGUAUAUUGAUCCAUUUUACCUACCACAUAACUGAGGCUUAGAAAGGUUAAGCGUUCAUAUUGCCUAGUAAAUGGUAGAGGCAGGAUCUGGGUCUUCUUUCUGUUGUGACAGUGAACUGUGACUUUUUAACUUUCUAAAAAUAGAGGAAGCUUGUCCUUUUAGUCUGUCUUUUGCUCUGACAUCCUGCGAUAUUCCUGCUUCAUUUCCUAGAAUCUUAGCUGCAUUUUCUAUUGAGUUUCAAAUACUCAAAUAUUCCUACUCUUUUGGCACAGAAAAGAGCCUUUUCUGUUCUCAGAAGACAGAUCUGAGCUGUGCAGAAUUUGAAGCAGAUUAUUUUUUAAGCGCGUAGAUAAAAUUGUCCUAUUCUUUUCAGCGUUUCAGAGAAGAACCUGGCCUCUCGUGGUCUCUGUGCUGAGCCUGGCCGAUCACACUGAGUUUAUUGUUUAUACUUACAUGCUGUGUUCUCCCUGUUGAGAAUACUUUCCUCUUACUACAGAAGUGAAUUUUAUCUUUCCGAGCCCUGCCAGUGGUUAUACAUACAGGUGUAUACAUAAGAAACAAGUCAUCAAGAUGUAUAAUUUUGAUUUCUAUACUUUAUUUAAGUUUUAUCUCAAUUAAAAAACUAUGGAACAAAAAAAAGCCCAAGUCCUACUUCUUCUCCAGAGACUUCCUCCACUUCUCCCCAUUGCUUUUAUCGCUUCAACCUAACUUUGUAAAAUAGUAACCAAUAUGCACUAAUUGGCAUUGUGACUUAAUUCUAGACUGCUGAGUCUGAAUCUCAGCAUUGUCACUUAACUUGUCUGGGCCUCAGUUUCCUCAUCUGUAAAACGUUGAUAACUAUAGUACUUACCUCACAGAGUUGUGAGGAUUAGGUGAGGUAAUACAUAUGUAAAGCUCUUAAGAUGGUGCCUACUACCUAAUGCACGUUCACAUGUAAGCUGCUAUUAUUACUAAUUUCUAAGUUGAGCCAGCUUCUUACUUGUGUUUAUAUACUCUAUUAGCUGAUGCCUGAUGACACGCCUGCCAUCCCUGAGGCCACUCUCACUGAUGGCAUUUGCACGUCUAAUAUUAGGCACAGUAUCCCACUAGGCAUGUUGAUGCCCCACAUUUCAUUUUAUCAACAGUUCUUAUUCCAUAAUUUGUCCAGUUGUUUGUAUUUUACAAAUGAAUGGUGUGCCAGAAUUUCAAGGAAAAUGGUACGGUCAGUACUUCACUAUUUGUACUAGUUUUCAUUUAGGGAGGUGACUUGGCUUCACAGAAAGAACGAUGGGCUAGUCGUUGAUUAGUUUUAUGUCUUUGGGCAGCUUAGCCUCUGUGUCCCUGUCUGAAAAAUGGCAGAGUUACGACAUUUACUGCCCUCUUUGGAGCUGAUAUAUAUAUUUUUAAUUCUGAUGUAUGUGUGAGAAGAUAUUUAGUUACUCGGUGUAAUAAUUCUUGUAGAGGAAUGGGAAUUGAUUUCCUUUCAAGUGAUUGCUUUAUAUUUAAAACUGAAUUCCUGCUUGCUGUGUUUCAGCUUCGGGCUCAGAAUCAGGUCCUGAAAAAAGGUGUUGUGGAUGAACAAGCAAAUUCUGCUGCUUUAAAGAAAAGUGGAGAAUCUUCCUCUCAGUUGAGUCAAGAGCAGAAGAGUGUCUUUGAUGAAGAUCUACAGAAGAAGAUAGAAGAGAACGAAAGGUUGCAUAUACAAUUUUUUGAAGCCGACGAGCAGCACAAGCAUGUGGAGGCAGAGCUGAGGAACCAGCUGGCCGCGCUGGAGAUGGAGGCCACCCAGCACCAAGCAGUGGUCGACGGCCUGACACGGAAGUACAUGGAAACCAUUGAGAAACUGCAGAGCGAGAAGGCUAAACUAGAAGUAAAAUCUCAGGCCCUAGAAAAGGAGGCCAAGGAGUGUCGACUUCGAACAGAAGAAUGUCAAUUGCAGUUAAAGAAUCUUCAUGAAGAUUUGUCAGGUAGAUUAGAGGAGUCCUUAUCAAUCAUCAAUGAAAAAGUACCUUUUAAUGAUACAAAAUAUAGUCAAUAUAAUGCACUGAACGUUCCACUCCACAAUAGGAGACAUCAGCUGAAGAUGCGGGACGUUGCUGGGCAGGCUCUGGCUUUUGUUCAAGAUCUCGUGACAGCCCUUCUGAACUUUCACACCUAUACAGAACAGAGGAUUCAGAUUUUUCCUGUUGAUUCUGCCAUUGACACUAUAUCUCCAUUGAAUCAGAAGUUCUCACAAUACCUUCAUGAAAACGCGUCCUACGUUCGCCCCCUUGAGGAAGGAAUGCUUCAUUUAUUUGAAAGCAUCACUGAGGAUACUGUGACUGUCCUGGAAACAACUGUGAAAUUGAAAACUUUUUCAGAGCAUUUAACCUCCUACAUAUGUUUUCUUAGAAAGAUUCUUCCUUAUCAGUUAAAAAGUUUAGAAGAAGAAUGUGAGUCUUCUCUGUGCACAUCUGCGUUGAGAGCCAGGAACCUAGAGCUGUCUCAGGAUAUGAAAAAGAUGACAGCUGUGUUCGAGAAGCUCCAAACUUACGUCUCUCUUCUUGCCUUGCCAAGUACGGAGCCAGAUGGACUCCUUCGGACAAACUACAGUUCCGUUUUAACAAACGUCGGUGCCGCUCUGCAUGGAUUUCAUGAUGUCAUGAAAGAUAUUUCCAAACAUUACAGUCAAAAAGCUACAAUAGAGCAUGAACUUCCAACAGCAACACAGAAGCUAAUAACAACUAAUGACUGUAUCCUGUCAUCAGCAGUGGCGUUAACAAAUGGAGCAGGAAAGAUGGCAGCUUUCUUCAGCAACAACGUGGACUACUUCAUUGCCUCACUGAGCUAUGGGCCUAAGGCAGCGACUGGAUUCAUUAGUCCUCUUUCAGCUGAAUGCAUGCUGCAGUACAAGAAAAAAGCCGCUGCCUACAUGAAGGCUUUGAAAAAGCCCCUUUUAGAGUCUGUGCCUUAUGAAGAAGCACUGGCAAACCGCCGAGUCCUUCUGAGUUCUACUGAAAGUCGAGAAGGCCUUGCACAGCAGGUUCAGCAAAGUUUGGAGAAGAUUUCUAAACUGGAGCAGGAAAAAGAACACUGGAUGUUGGAAGCACAGUUAGCCAAAAUCAAGCUGGAGAAAGAAAACCAGCGAAUUGCAGAUAAGCUGAAGAGCGCAGGGAGCGGGCAGCUGGUUGGGCUGGUUCUGGAAAACGCUGCCGUGUUGAGUGCUCCGGGCCAGGAAGAAGCCGCAGCCAAGACUGGGCCGGAGCCUGUUCAGAGCACCAGUCUGAUCGGAGUUUUAACCAGGAUGUCGGACAGUGAGGUUCUGGAUGUGGACUCUCGUGAAGACUUAAUUAAAAAUCACUACAUGGCCAGGAUAGCAGAGCUUACGUCGCAGCUGCAGCUGGCCGACAGUAAGUCGGUGCAUUUCUAUGCUGAGUGCCGUGCACUCUCUAAAAGGCUGGCCUUGGCUGAAAAAUCUAAAGAGGCAUUGACAGAAGAGAUGAAGCUGGCCGGUCAGAACAUCAGCAGACUUCAGGAUGAGCUGACAACCACCAAGAGGAGCUAUGAGGACCAGUUAAGUAUGAUGAGUGACCACCUGUGCAGCAUGAACGAGACCCUGUCUAAGCAGAGAGAAGAGAUAGAUACGCUGAAGAUGGCCAGCAAGGUACGAGAGGCGAGGCGGGGCGAGGUAGUCUCCGGGAACGUAAUAUUUACUAUGGCCCUAGGUCUUGCAUUUCAGGAGCAAAUGGUUAAGAGAUUUAAAGUGUUUAUAAAUGAUUUUCCUUCAUCUCAUUUGUCGUCUUAUCUCAAGUAAAAUUAAGUUAUAAGCUGAGAAGGUCUGACCUUGAAGGCCCCAAGAUUGUGUCUGCUGCUUCUGGGCCGUUUCCACAUCUCUCCUGCUGCUGUAUUAGAGUUAGGGGGCCUCCCAAGGGGGCUUAGGAUGGGAACUGCUCUUGAUCUAUAUGAGAGUCUUCAAAUGGUGCUGUUGAAGAGUAAUCUUCUUGAGCAAAUUUAUACUCAUAAAUAUCCAUAUAAUGGAGGCAUUUCUUACCCUCCUAAUUCCAGAAGUUUCCUCUGAUUUGUUUCCCAUAAAGCCUCAGCUUGUCCAGGCUGGGAUCCGUAGAUAUUGGGCAGUAUUUUUAUGUUGAAAUGAAUAUCCACAUACAUUUCUCUAUUGUUGUAACAUAACGUAUGUAGUCUUCUGCCGUGAAAGGUAGGUUCAGGGGCCAGGGACACGUUCUGUGCAUCAUCUCAGAUGCUGAGCACAUUUUGGUAACUCAGAUGAUGUAUACACCAUCAGCUGGGAUUUACUGUCUCCAGCCUGAGUACUUGGGGAUCUGCUGCUUCCGCUUACUGAUUCAGCAGGCGUGUAUUGAGUUCCUGCCACAUGCUGGCACUUGGGAGGAAAUAGAAAUGAGUACACCGUAGCUUUAUUUUAGCAACUGCUGGUGGUGGUGCGGGGCAGUAUACUGCACAGUCAGAUCUCCUUGAAGAGUAAGUCUUGUUCCUGCAUUGGAAUCUGCUCUCUGCAGUUUUGUUUCUUAGAGUAGUUUCAUGAUAUGGAUUGGCCCCUAGCUGCUUUGAAAGGUGUCUCUGAUGCUUUGCUAGGACACCUCUUAUGUUUGUAGCCAGCUGAUAUGGUUCUGAUUAUGGUUCUCUAGUUACUUGUGCUUUGGGAAACUUGAGCUUGAGGAAUGCCUUUUUUAAACACUUUUGGCCUCUUGAUAUUCCAGCAGGGCAAUUGCUAACUCACAGGUUAUCUUUCUAGUAAUGGGAGGAAGCACAUGUAUUGAAAAGGUCAGGUUUUGGUUUUUCUUGUGGUAUAUAUAAUUUAUUUUAGUGGUUGUGUGCGAAAGCCUUUUUUAACAUCUAACAUUGGAAAGAAGUAGCAAUGAUUCUAGGGAAACUUUUCAGUCUCCAUACUAGCAAAAGGCAUUUCGUUUUGAAUUGAGAAAGGUUAAUGUUGAGUAGGAGCCCUGGUGGUGCACUGGUUAAAGCACUUGGCUGCUAACCAAAAAGUUGGCGGUUUAAACCCACCAGCCGCUCCAUGGGAGAAAGA